CCAUGUCAUCUGACAGCCACCAGCUCCACACCCAUUGCUACCAGGACUCACUAAGUUCUACUUGUCACAGUCUCUUGAAUGUCAACAGUCACCCCCUGUCUAAGAGCUCCUCAAAUCUGGCCUGUAUUGGGCACUCAAGGAGUUUUGAGGAAAGGCAAAGCAAACAGGAGCUGAAGAAAAGCCAUAGUAGCACCAUCUGCCAUGUCCUGGAAAACAGGAGUGAUGCAAGGAGUGUGCAGAGUCCUGAGUGGUCCUCCUCACAGUCUGGGAUGGUGGGACUUGGAUCAGAGGUCCAAACCAUAAAUGACCAGUCAGGCAAUGACCAUUCAGAGGGAAGAAAUAAGAACACAAACCAUGUUCUUGUCACUGAACAAUCCUCAGCAUCCUGGGGAGUGGGGGACACUAGGAUGUGUGUGAAGAGCAGCACUGCUGAGAAUGUUUCUUCAGCCUGCUUUGUUCACCAGCAAGGCAUGUGUAAAAUGGAAGAAUCAGGAACUGCCCUCCAGAGAAGCCACUCAGACCUAACCUGCAGCUGCAAACAGCAGACUCAUGUGACUCACAUAGAAACCAGUGCUACUCGCUCCAGCCUCAGCUCUUCUGGCUGCAGGCAUGGUCCACCAGAGGCUAGGAUGUCUUUCCAAACUCAGAGAUAUGGAUCAGAAACAAAUCAAAAUGCAUCUCACUAUCAAAACCUUGUGACUCAUCUUCCAGUCCUACCUAGGGACCAACAGGUACCCACAAAUACCUUUGACAGUGGCAGUAUUCCACGUAACACCACUGUUUACACAGAUCCUGGCACGUUUCACGCUGCUGUCCUAGGACCCCACAUGCCUGGAAACGGUUUCCCAAACAGGACAACGUUCAGUCAAGCCCCUGGGAUUAUUCAUGGCGGUCUGACUUACGGUAGUAUUCCAAACUCUGCCUACUCCCCCAUGGUGAUGACAGUUCACAACAACUCAGCAGGGCCCUGCAGUCUCAGGCAGGACGCCUUGAAGGCAGACGCCACCAUCCCGGCCUAUUGCCACUCCUUGCCCAUCCCAUCCAUCCAGCUCAUCCCACGUCUGGUGUGCUCUGUCAGUGAGACAGGAAAAGAGCAGGCAGCACCUGGCUACUUCCAUUCCUUUUCUGCUUCUGACAUUCUGACAUACCCUAAGCUGGUGUCUUCAGUGAGUGAAUCGGGCCUGGAUGCCAAGAAAAUCCUGAAGUGCUGUAAUGUUCCUGAAGAACAACUGCAACCUGCUCCGCAGGAGAGAGCUCCUCCAGAAGCCAAGGCUGCCCAGGUUGCUCUGAGCAGCCAGCAGGGUGCAGACAUGGCAGUGACAACUAAGGAUAUGUGGACUAUGACCUCUAUGAAUGACAUAACCAAGGGCCUGAAACCGGCUCUGGAGCGCAGAGAUGCCGAGGUACAAACUCUUCCAACCAUGGAAUGCAAAUCGGUGGCAACGAGCCCAGCAGCUGCAGCAGAAGGUCACUCACACGUGUUCCCAGAGGUGAACCUGGAGCAGGGCUUGGAGGCCCCCAAAUCUCCAGUUCGUGAAGUGAGAUGGGAUGAUGAAGGAAUGACGUGGGAAGUGUAUGGGGCAUCUGUGGAUCCAGAAGUCCUCGGGGUGGCCAUUCAAAAACAUCUCGAGUUCCAAAUAGAACAGUUCCAGACAGUGCCUGCUGAGGCAGCUGAGAAAUGUAAUGAGGAGCCACCCCCUGAAAAAGCUGGGAAAAAAAGGCCUUUCAGGACAAUGAUGCAUUCCCUGAGAUAUCCGAGCUGUUGUGCUCGCUCCAGUACUGCAGUGGAGUGAGCACAGCUGCAGGCUGUAGGAAAGCUGUGCUGCUUUCAUUUGUACAUAAAUGCUGACUGUUAAGUGUGAACACAGGAUAUGUGAACAGCCCCCACCAGGAUAAGUGGGGAAAGUUCAGUGAUCAUCAAAUACAUGUUAAAGCAAGGAGAAGUCCAUGGCUGGACCAUCUCACAGAAAACAUAAGAUUAUACUUAAAUAAUGCCAUCCAAAUACUCUUGACUGUAUUUAAUGUAGCACUGUUUCCUUCUACAUUAGUUUUAAACUGUAUUGUAAGGAAUGGAACUUCUUUUUUAAUGAUACAUAUUUUUUGAAAUAAUGAUGACUUUUUUCUGUAUUUUAAUAAUUUAGGGUUAGAAAAAAUGCUUUAAUCAAAGUUCUUAGCUUUAAAUCACAUUCCCUUAAAUUGUUUUGGCAGCUGUUUUGCUGUUAAUUUAAUAAUCCUGACUAUAAACUUGCUUUAACUGUAGACAAAAUAACAAACUUGUGUAAUGAUCUAUGACAAAGAAUUGUAACUUUUUUCUACAUAACUGUGAAGUAAUUUCAGUGUUGCUAGUCUGAACUCUUCCCUUAGCAAGCUCAUGUACAGUUGGAGGACACUCCAUCAACUUUCCAAUUAGUUUGUAGUUAUGAUGAAUUACACUCUAAAUACCCAGAACUCACGUUUACCAAGUGGUUGACACAAAUGUACAGUGUUACCAAAGAUGGCUGGUGUAAUGUGAAUUACUGAGUGCUUGUUUUAGAGACCUGAAACAGAAGCUGUUCAGAUUAGUCUGUGGCACCACCAUACCCCACAACUCACGAGCAGUUUUGGUUUGCUUCCAUUAAAAGUA